UAACCCCAUUCUUCCUAUGCCUCUUACUCUUCCAACUCCCACUCCAUCGCCGGAGAAUCUCAACAAUGGCGCUCUCCGCCUCUCUCUCUUCCUCCAUUUGCUUCCACCCCACCUCAAACCCUAGAUUCUCUCCCAAGCUCCCCACCACUACUACCUCAAGGCCCCUCAGACUCCUCGCCCCACCGCCGGCCGCCAUUCCUCCCCUCGCUACCGACGUCGACGGUAGCACCAUUGCUGUCAUCGGCGGUGGCUCGGUCGCUGCUUUAGCCGCAGUGCUCUCCCUGGCCGACCCCGAGCGGCGGCGCAAGCUCCAGGCCGAGGAGGUCGGGGGUGGCGAUAAGGAAGUUGUGAGGGAGUACUUCAACAAUUCGGGGUUUCAGAGAUGGAAGAAGAUUUAUGGAGAGACCGAUGAUGUGAACAGAGUUCAGAAGGACAUUAGACUCGGCCAUUCCAAGACCGUCGAGAAUGUGUUGAAGAUGUUGGCCGAUGACGGUUCGCUUAGUGGAGUCACUGUCUGCGAUGCUGGUUGUGGAACCGGCUCGCUUUCGAUUCCGCUCGCAAAGGAGGGUGCCAUUGUCUCCGCCAGUGAUAUCUCCGCUGCCAUGGUUGCUGAGGCUGAGAAAAAGGCGAGAGACGAGCUAUCAGGGCAAGUUAUGCCAAAAUUUGAAGUGAAAGACUUGGAGAGCUUGGAUGGAAAGUAUAACACAGUGGUCUGUUUGGAUGUUUUAAUUCAUUAUCCUCAGAGUAAAGCAGACGGCAUGAUUGCCCACCUGGCUUCCUUGGCUGAGAAACGGUUGAUUCUGAGCUUUGCACCAAAGACAUUCUAUUAUGACCUGUUGAAGAGGGUUGGAGAGUUGUUCCCAGGGCCUUCGAAGGCAACGAGGGCUUAUCUCCAUGCAGAGGCAGAUGUUGAGAGGGCUUUGGGAAAAGUUGGGUGGAAAAUUAAUAAAAGAGGCCUUGUCACUACACAAUUCUACUUUUCAAGACUGGUUGAGGCUGUACCCGUAUAAGAAAGAGGUUAUUUUAAAUAGAGGUUUGAAUUCAGUUUUGCCGUAGUAAAGUUGCUCUCUUAUAUUUAUCUUUUUCGAAAGAAAGAAACAAAAAAAAGUGCUCUGAUUUGUAGAAUUGUUAGAAUGUUGAUCCGAUAUUUUGUAAAGCUGAAAAUUGUUGUGCAACUUAUUGUUUUAUGCUUGUAUUCGUGGAUCUAUCUGUACAUUGUAUAGGCGGGUAAUUCAUUUUAUGAACUUUAAAUUCCCAAGAGUAAAUCUAUUUCGUUUUCUGGAA